AAAUUAUUGCUGAACUAAAAGACACAAAAGAAGAAAGUUGGAACUUACAUAAAAUAAGAAUUCAAUCAAUUUUUCGAGCUUUUCGAUUACCUUGUACUCCAGAAACACAAAUAGAUAAACUUAACCAAC